AUGUUUUGUUACCACUGUCCACCGUCGCUUCAUCCUGCCGGACCACAUCCACCUCGGUUACCGACCUUAGAGUAUCCUUUCGCGCCAACACAUCCUUAUACCAGCUAUUCAUACCAUCCGGCCAUUCAUGAUGAAAGUUUUGUACGGCGCAAGCAAAGGCGCAAUCGGACCACAUUCACACUUCAGCAGCUAGAAGAACUGGAAACGGCGUUUGCUCAAACCCACUAUCCCGAUGUGUUCACGAGAGAGGAUCUUGCAAUGAAGAUCAAUCUUACCGAAGCAAGGGUACAGGUCUGGUUCCAGAACCGGCGGGCCAAAUGGCGCAAAGCGGAGCGACUGAAGGAGGAACAGCGCAAGCGGGGUGGUGGGACCGAUGGGACCGACUCACAGCUGAUGGGCGAUAAGCUCGAUACGGACAGCCGGGACUCCAGUCCCGAUAUUACUGGUGAUGCGGACGACGACGACAUGCGAAGCUCCAGUGUGCCCCCGAUGAGUCCCCGGGUUGACUCUGAACCGGAGCGUCCCGGAUCAUCGACUCAGCUCAACUCGGCCCACUCACUGUCGCAAUCCGCAUCGAACAGUGCAGGAACGCCGUCGCCAGGUUUGAAAUUCGCUCAAUACUCCGUGCCAAGCCCAGCACCAUCCGCCUCGGCUGACUCACCGAUCGAGGUUGGUGGCCCAAUAUCUCUCACGACAACUUCUCGCACCCCACCGAAUGAUUCGCCCAAUCAAACCACCAACUCAAUUGGUGGACUGUCCACGGUCACCACAACUCCCAGCUUCAGCAGUCAUAUCUUCGGUAGCUUCGCUGAAAGCAAUGGCGGAUUUCGACCGGUACUGGAUAAUGGGCAGCCAAGGACUACGCCUCCACUGUUCUUGCCGCCACAUCUAGCGUCGCUCAGUUCUCAAUUCACUCCACCGCUGUUUCCCAGCUUGAAAGCUGCCUUCCCUGGACUAUGUUCUUGCUGCCCGGUAAAGGCACCCACAACGACCGGCUCCUCUUCGUCACCAACAUGCAGCUCUUCUUCUCCACCCUCCACCGGCUCGAUAGUGGGUUCUUCCGCUUCCGGUCUCUCAUCGAUCACCAAUUCGGUUGUAAACAGUGGUCUCCCGGACCCUCGAUCAUCCUCUGUCGCUGAGCUGCGCCGCAAGGCACAGGAACAUUCGGCCGCUCUGCUGCACUCCUUGCAAGCAGCCGCUGCUGCUGGUCUAGCGUUUCCUGGCUUCCAUUUGCCACCGCUCACGUUACACUCAGCACUCAGCAGUGCGGGACGAAAGCCGUCCGACUUUAUCAACGAUCUUUCCAUACAUCAUCACCAUCACCAUCAUCAUUUGGCGGCGGCAGCAGCGGCGUCGGCUGGUGCGCACCAUCUAGCCGGAGCUAGCCAUCUCGCAGGGAUGCAUCACAUUCCAAACAAUAAUAACAAUAGUACCAACAACAAUAACACGACAGGUAGCAGUAGCGGAAGUCCAUCGGAAAACAGAACCAUCGUGUCCCAUGCAGACUCACCCCGAUCGCCACGAUCGCUCACCAGUUCUGGUAACGAAAAGCCAGACUCUAACGAAUAA